AUGUUUUGCAAGAGAGUCGUCGGUAGGCUACCAAGCCUCUCUCAACAAGUACAAGGGUUUUCUCAGCGAACAACAAGAUUGUCACAGAGAAGCUUCAUUUCACAAUCCGGAUCAUCCUUUCGCAACAAUGGCCGAACCCUGAGGGCCGAUCCUCACUUUACAACCAAUCCAUACACUCAAUCUGUCCUGGAGGUUAGUCGACAGGCAAGACAAGUUGGCAAAGCUGUUGGAAUAUUUGUCGUAUCCACAACCGCAAUUGUUGUCAUUGGAUGGCAAGGAUAUCACAUAUACAUAGAGCACUUUUUGCACCCAACUCCACCUGAACUCAAACAAAAAGCGCGUAACCUUCUGCACGGUGCCUAUGUUCGCGAAGAAGUACAGCCACAGCUGAGCAUUGCGACACUAUACGUCCAAGAGGCUUUGAGAAUUGCUUUGGAAGAGCAACAUAUGGACGAAGAUUCCGAUGUUGCUUUAGCUCUGAGACGACGACUUGCUGAAGACUUCAACAGGGCAGGCAAUCUUCUGGAUUCGAUUACAGAAUACACCAGAUUCUGGAAGCUGUUGAUCAAACGGUUGGUGGAUAAAGGAGAGGAGAAUGAUGCUGAAAAGGUGUUUGAGUUGAUUGAGGUUUCCAAAAAGAUUGGUGAUCUCUACGUCAGAAUCGGUGACUACAACGAAGCCGAGGAGAGCCUGGCUUGGGCAGUUCAUACACUCAAAUCGUCCCAAGCUGACCUGACGACAGUCAAGGACUUUCAAAAGCUGGAAACUUUGACUACACUCUCAUUAGCCAAUUUGUACGCCGUUCAGCGAAACUUUGAUUUGGCUCUCCCGCUAUACCUCCAAUCUCUCAAAGCAUCUAAUCAAGCAGCCGAGCAACAACCUGAAGCAUUCGUUUGUCUGACUGCAAUUAUAGAAUGUCAGUUGUCAGAGACAUUGUUUGGUAUGGGUCGAAAGGAUGAAGCUCUAGGGUGGGCACAGACUGCUUUGGAAACAGCAAAGAAAGGAAUUAGUGAAGAAAAUGGAGGAGUCGCCACUAGCGAUGUAGAACCCGUCAAAGACUGCCAAGAGUGCGCUGGAGUAACAUUGAAUAACAUUGGAAAGAUGCUUGAGUUCCGUAACCAAUAUGACCAAGCACUAGCCCACUACAGCGAAGCUAUGCGCUAUGCAAUCGCAGCAAAGGACGCGGAUGGAGAAUCAUCGUACCGAUUCAAUGCAGAGCGACUUGGUAACAUCAUUCAAAACCCCGUGGCCGACGAACCCGUAGUGAUAUCUCAUGGGGAUGUCCCGCCCGAAGUACAAGCCGAGCAGCCAAAGAGAUCAUGGAAGCAAUGGUUAACAGGCAAAUAA